AUGAGCACGCAGCAGUGUUCAGAGCCCUAUCAAGGAGUUGGGAAGAGGUUUCGAGUACGUAACCGUCUCUCAGGGAAACUGAUCAAAAUGGUAUUCAUCUGCCGCAGUCGUCAGGGGAAUAUAUCACAAGGCAUGGGCGACAUGAUCCCUUGUUCUUCUCACCCUGCUCACCACUUUCCUGACAAGGAUCGAAGCAAGCUAGAAAUCCGGGGCUACGAGCAUUUCGUCUCCUUGCGUGGCUGGUGCAUACCAAAGGAAUGUAUCGCAGAGCUUAUUAAGGCAUCAUCGGCGUGGGUGUAUGGCCUUGCCAGCACGAUAGGGCAGCAUACACUAAGAAUAUCUCUCAAUGACGAUGUUGAAGCAAACGCCCUGAUGGAUCGGGUGCCUCCCAGCUGUUAUCCGGAUACCAACCCCUUUUACAAGCAUAGUAUUUUUGACCAGGAAAACAAAGUGAUGUCAAUGCAGUACGACGGAGUAACCAGUGGUUGUUCCACUGGAAUCUUCUCCCUCCGGUUUUUCGAAUGUCUGUUUGCUCAGUGA